AUGAGUUUACUCUUCGCAAGAAAGGCCUUUUCUUCUGUAAAGCUUGGGCAUCCUUUAUUUCGUUCGUCUCGUCUUGUGGGAGGAUGUCUACCCAGAUAUAUCCAUAGUUUACCGCCAGGAUUUAUUUCUGACCCAAAGUAUGAUAAAGCUGUCCAGCUUACAGAGCUGAGAGGUGUCAAUAUUACCCAUGAUCCAUUAUUAUCUAAAGGCACGGCAUUUUCAAUGGACGAACGUGAGCGUCUCUCUAUCCGUGGGUUAGUUCCUCCACGCCAACAAAAUAUGGAAAUGCAACUAAAGCGUGUGAAACGUAACAUGGCACAUUGUGAAACACCAUUAUCCAAGUUUAUUUUCUUGAAUGCAUUACAAGACCGUAAUGAAACCCUGUUUUAUAAGCUGGUUAUUGAUAAUAUCAAAGAAAUGGCUGGAAUUAUCUACACACCCACAGUUGGCCUUGCUAGUCAAAAAUCUCAUUCAAUCUAUCGUCGAUCUCGAGGCAUGUAUUUUUCUGCCCAAGACAGAGGAAACAUGUCUGCUAUGGUAUACAACUGGCCCCACCCGGAUGUAGAUGUAAUUGUUGUCACUGAUGGAUCGCGUAUUCUUGGCCUGGGCGAUCUGGGUGCAAAUGGAAUGCAGAUUCCUGUGGGAAAACUCAGUCUGUAUGUUGCAGCUGGAGGUAUUCACCCUCGUACAGUUCUUCCGGUAGUAUUGGAUGUCGGAACAAAUAAUCAAGAAUUGCUUCAUGAUCCAUUAUACCUUGGUCUACCUCAACCACGACUCAAAGGAGAAGAAUAUUAUGCAAUGGUUGAUGAAUGGGUUAGAGCUGUUACAGGUCGAUGGCCAAAUGUACUGAUCCAGUUUGAAGACUUUAAACAUCCUCACGCUUACAAUCUCUUGAACAAAUAUCGAAACAAAAUUACAUGUUUCAAUGAUGAUAUCCAAUCAACAUCCACAAUCACUUUGGCUGGAAUUCUGGCGUCUCUUAAAGCCCGUGGGAGGGAACAAGAAGAUCUUGCUAAAGAACGCAUCAUUUGUGUCGGUGCGGGGUCAGCAGGCGUGGGUGUGUGCGAAGGUAUAAUUGACUGCAUGGUAACUCAAGGAAAAGUAAAAUCCCGUGAAGAGGCCUAUGAAAGUAUUUUUAUGCUUGACCAGGAUGGGUUACUCGGCAACCAUUCUCUUGCUAUGAAAGACCCGUCAAACUUCCAUCAGUCUUCUCAGCGCGAAGAACCAUUGGACGAGCUCCAAUUGAGAUAUGUUAAGAAAGAUUUACCCGACCGACUUGGUCUCGAAGCUCUGGUUGAGACGGUUAAACCAACUGUAAUUUUGGGACUAACCGGCAUUAGAGGAGUAUUUACUGAAAAAGCGAUUCGUACCAUGUCGCGUUACCAAGAAAAGCCCGUAAUAUUUCCAUUGAGUAAUCCUGACACACACGCAGAAUGUACGGCCGAAGAAGCCUUUGAGUGGUCCGAUGGGCGAGCUAUAUUUGCUUCUGGUAGUCCAUUUGAGAAUGUGGAGCUAAAGGGUGGCAAGAUAGGACACACAAACCAGUGCAACAAUUCAUACAGCUUUCCUGUAAGUAGUAUAGGUAUUGGUCUUGGAGUAACUGUGUCAAAAGCCAGCCGAGUAACAUCUACGAUGUUCCUAGAGGCAGCCAAAGUUAUUGCUGAACUAGCAACAGAAGAUGAGCUUAAGCAAGGAAUACUGUUUCCUAGCGUCAGUAAGCUGCGCGAUGUUUCUCACAAAGUUGCAACUCGUGUAUGCGAAGUUGCGUAUACUGAAGGUGUAGCAAAAGCUACUUUAAAAGAGGGUGAACUUCUCAGUGAUUUGGUAAAAGAUUCAAUGUACACUCCUGAAUACGUUCCUUUGGUACACUUUGAACAUGAAUAA